UCCUUGGACUUUCUUCACUCCUCCAACAAGGAAUCAAAUCCACCGUCGCAGAGAUCUAUUUCUCUCUCUCUCUCUCUUUCUCUCCAUCUCUCACUAAACCAUCACAAAAAAAAAAAAAUCUCCGGCAACCCAAAAUGUCAAUGCAUGGGAAGACCGAUUCGGAGGUGACGAGCCUGGCCCCGUCGUCUCCGAAUCGGGCCGUGUACUACGUGCAGAGUCCCUCGCGGGACUCUCACGACGGCGAGAAGACGACGAAUUCGUUCCACUCGACGCCGAUCCUGAGCCCCAUGGGGUCCCCGGGACGCCAGUCGAGGGACUCGUCCUCGACCCGCUACUCGGGCUCCCUGAAGCCCGGGUCGCAGAAGUCGAGCAACGGGUCCCGGCGCCACCACCACCACCACCACCACCGCAAGGCGGACGAGAAGCAGUGGAAGGAGUUCGACGCCAUCGAGGAGGAGGGCCUCCUCGACGACGACUCCGGCCGCCGCGGGGUGCCGCGCCGGUGCUAUUUCCCGGUGUUCGUGCUCGGAUUCUUGGUGCUGUUUUCGUUUUUCGCUUUGAUCCUUUGGGGCGCCAGCAGGAAUCAGAAACCUAGAGUCACCAUGAAGAGUAUAUUGUUCGAGGACUUCAUGAUCAAUGCAGGAUCCGACGCAUCAGGUGUGAGUACCGAAAUGGUAACGAUGAAUUCAACAGUGAAACUCGUGUUUCGUAACAAAGGAACAUUUUUUGGAGUGCACGUCACGUCUUCGCCGUUGGACCUUACCUUCUCUCAACUUCCUAUUGCCACUGGAGCCAUAAAAAAGUUUUACCAAUCAAGAAGUAGUCAAAGGACAGUGAGUGUAAUGGUGAAAGGAACUAGCAUUCCUUUGUACGGAGGUGGUGCGGAUUUGGGCAGCAAAGAAGGGAAACCGCUCAUGCCAGUUCCACUUGCUAUGAAUUUCACUGUUCGGGCCCGGGCUUACAUUUUGGGCCAUUUAGUGAAGCCCAAAUUCUACAAACGAGUCCAAUGCGCUGUCGUUUUGGACCCAAAGAAAAUGAACGUCGCCAUCUCUCUGAAGAAUUCAUGCACUUACAAUUAAGAGAAGGGGAAAAAUAGAAAAUAUUUUGUGAGAGAGAGAGAGAAAGUCAUGCUAUUAUAUGGCUGAUACGAGGGCGGCGGAGAAAUGCUUGGUGCAUCUUUCCGGCGCCGGCGAAGGCAAGAAGAUUACUUUUAAUAACUUGCAUCUCUUGAUUAAUUUUGUUUGUUAUUAUAAUUGGAAAUUGGUGGGAUGUGUUUUCUUUUUUUAUGGGUAUAGUUGAAUUUGUUAUUA